AUGAUCGAACUUGAUAUCUCGAAAGAAAGCCGAGAGACAUGCCACGAAGUUGGCGCUUCCGGUGUCUCAUGCUCUUCACCCGAUUAUCCCCUACUGAUCAUUACGUCUGCAGUGAAUGGUCGCAUUGUGAAAACGCCAUUGACUCAAAUUGCAGGAGCGGAUUCACCGGUUGAUUACAAGUUAUUCCUGAAGCGCGAAGAGCAGCAGGUCAGCUUCAGCGCCCAUGUUCGAGGUGCCUAUAAUCGAAUGAGCCAAGUCCCGCCAGAAGAGCGUUGGCGAGGAAUUGUUUUUUCGGCCGUUGGCUAUGAAAAGUAUGCAAUGGCGAUUGCUUGGGCAUCGCGACUGCUGCAGAUGCAAGUUACAAUCACUGUCUCACAAGCUAUGAGCGCCCACGAGAUAAAAGAGCUUCGCUCCUUGGGAUGCGCUGUCGUCCAAACAUUCCAUAAGAUGAACGGCAGCCAGAUAGAUGCUACUCCUUUAUCAGUUCAAAACGAAGUACCCCAUGUCGAGCCUCUAGCCGAUCCUUAUUACCUUGCCGGCAUAGGGACCGUGGGGUUAGAGAUCCUGCAGCAAACCAAAGAGGGUCCUCCUCUUGAGGCUGUCUUCUGCAGCCUCCAGGACAGGGCUACUCUGGAGGCAAUCGGAAUAUAUUUGAAUCGCUUUGCGCCCCAAGUGAAAGUCAUCGGGGUAGGCCUACGACAAAGCUCGGAGCCAUGCGAUCAGGGACCCUUCAAGCCUUUACCCGCCAUCCUGCGAGAGAUCACAGCGACCAGCCAUUUCAUAGAGGCAUUGAGCAAUACAGUGUUAGUUGACACUAGUGACGUGCUGAAGGCGAUCUCCGACGUGUUUGGGGAGACGCGUGUGGUUGUGGAUUUGGACAGUGCUUUGGCGGUCGCUGGCAUGAGACAAUACGCGACGAAGAAUGGCAUCCUGAACGGAAUCACGAGGUCCUUAGUUGCCGUUACUUCGAGCGUAGACGUGGCAUUUGAUAGUUUUAUGGAUUCCAUCAGAGUCGGGUAG